GCUUUCUACUAUCAUCAUUCAUUGCAAGACCAAAGUAACAGUCAACUAAAGUAAUCAUUCAAUGGAUACUGUCAGCAUGUUUCACAGUGCAAGUAAUUUUGCCAUUUAUGGUGGUAAUUUUACAGUCAUAUCAAGUGACGAGACCACUAAGAUCUAUCAGUGGCUUAAUGCUCCAGAUUGCUCUGCCAAUUAUGUGACUGCAGCAGACAAAAAAUUACCAGGCACUGGCCAAUGGAUAUUUGACCUUGAUGAAUAUAAGAGCUGGAAAGCUGAGCCUGGUGUAUUGUGGAUUCAAGGAUCAGCUGGAUCAGGAAAAACUGUUUUGAUAACCACAAUUUCCGAAGAGAUACAACAAAGUAACCCAAAUGCUGUCUGGUAUCAUUAUUUUGAUACCCGGGAUAAUAGUGGUCUGAAAAGCACAUACCGUGGGUUCUUGUUAUCCCUUAUCAAGCAACUGGGAAUAGGGAAUGAAGGAGUCAAUCCUGCACUCUAUGCUCUCUAUAAGUUAAAAAAAUUCACUGGCAUCACAGCUGAAGAACUUCACAAACUGCUCAAAACCAUGAUCAAAGAGAGAAAUACUGGAUACAUUGUUGUUGAUGCAUUGGAUGAAUGCAAAGAGGCAGAUGAGGUAAUGAAGUGGUUGUCUGCAUACUCAGGUCAACUGUGGAUCCUUGUGACAAGCAGACUCCAAGCAAACUCAUUUGGAAAGGAGGUUACAGAGAUCACACUUCAUGGGGGAGAGUCACAAAUCAAUGAGGAUAUAGAAUUGUAUCUCAAGUCAAAAAUUGAUACUAUUACAAGGUUCAAAGGCAAAACUGGGGAUCAUAUAAAGGAAUCAUUGAGAAAUGGUGCUCACGGGAUUCCGUUGGGUUCAUCUGCAAAACCUGUUUUUUCGGCUAAUUCUCCGAAAGCAGCUGAGAGCGCUUCCCAGCAGCCAAAGCACCCAGAGCAAGGUUUUGCAGAUGUUGAUUGCCAACUUGGAGAAGUGCAGAAAUGUACUACAACACCAAGUGUGAUGAGGGCCCUGGGUAAACUACCCAGAAACCUGGAGGAAACAUACCAAAAAGCUCUAGAAAGGUGUCAAAAAGAGGGACAUGCAGAAGAAGCACAACAGUUGCUUUUAUGGUUGCUCUAUGCAUAUCAGCCAUUGACAAAAAAGCAAUUCAGUCAAGUAUUUGCAGUUGAUCUUCAAGAGCAGGUUAUUCAUCCUUCCAUGGAAUUCCAAGUUGAACUGGUCAUUGACUCCACACUUGUGACUGUGGGGCAGAACAAUAUUGUCCAACUUGCCCAUGCAUCAGUUAAGGAGUAUCUCAUUUCCCAUUCUCUACAAAAUCAGACCAAAGACCUGUUGGAAUUGAAUGAACAAUUGGCUCAUGACAUCAUGACCCAAACAACUAUCAUCUACUUGAUGCAAACAGAACACAUUAGAAUGACUAUUGAUAACAGUUCUAUUGCUUAUUACAGUGUGAAGAAUUGGCUCUCUCAUGCAUCAAAGGUGGAAGAGUACAAGUUGAAAGGCAAAGCCCAAAACUUGAUACAAAGGAUGUUAGACAAUGACAGCAUGCAUUUUGGAAGAUGGAAAAAAGCAUACAGAUCUAGGAAAGGAGGAACACCAUUAUAUUAUGGAGCAUUGAAUGGCUUGUGUGAGGUAGUUCAAAAGCUUAUUGAUGAGCUAGACCUGGAAACUGCCAAAAUAUAUAUAAAUACAGGUGGUGGUGAACAUGGAAAUGCACUCCAAGCUGCCUCAUAUUCUGGGAAUAAGGCAAUUGUCAAGAUGCUACUGGAGAAGGGUGCAGAUGUCAAUGCACAAGGGGGGAAAUAUGGAAAUGCACUCCAGGCAGCUGUAUUCAGAGAAAAUGCAGAAAUUGUACAGUUGCUGCUGAAGAAGGGUGCAGAUGUUAAUUCCCGAGGGGGGGAAAUGGGGAAUGCACUCCAGGCUGCCUCAUCAAAUGGGAAUGAAGAAAUUGCACAGUUGCUGCUGGAUAAAGGUGCAGAAGUCAAUGCACAAGGAGGAGAAUAUGGAAAUGCACUACAGGCUGCCUCAUCAAAGGGAAAUGUGGUAAUUGUACAGUUACUGCUGGACAAUGGUGCAGAUGUCAAUGCACAAGGGGGGGAAUAUGGGAAUGCACUUCAGGCUGCCUCAUCUAGUGGGAAUGAAGAAAUUGCACAGUUGCUACUGAAGAAGGGUGCAGAAGUCAAUACACAAGGAGGAGAUUAUGGAAAUGCACUACAGGCUGCUGUAUGGUUGAAGAAUGAAGCACUUGUCUCAUUGCUGCUGGAGAAGGGUGCAGAUGUCAAUGCAGAAGGUUUCAAUACACAAGGGGAGGAAUAUGCAAAUGCAAUGGAGGUUGCUUUAUGGCAGGAGAAUUUGAAGAUUCUUCAGAUGCUGGUGGAGAAGGGCGCAGAUGUCAAUGAAGAAGGAGGUGAAUAUGGAAAUGCACUCCAGACUGCUGCAUUCUGGGAGGAUGAAGCACUUGUCUGGUGGCUGGUGGAAAAGGGUGCAGAUAUCAAUGCACAAGGGGGGAAAUAUGGAACUGCACUCCUGGCUGCCUCAACAAUUGGGAAUGAAGCAAUUGUACAGUUACUGUUGAACAAGGGUGCAGAUGUCAAUGCACAAGGGGGUGAAGAUGGGAGUGCACUCCAGGCUGCCUCAGGGAAGGGGCAUGAAGCAAUUGUCAGGUUGCUUCUGGACAAUGGUGCAGAUGUCAAUGCACAAGGGGGGGAAUAUGGGAGUGCACUCCAGGCUGCCUCAGGGAAGGGGCAUGAAGCAAUUGUCAGGUUGCUUCUGGACAAUGGUGCAGAUGUCAAUGCACAAGGGGGGGAGGAUGGGAGUGCACUCCAGGCUGCCUCAAAAAGUGGGAAGGAAGUAAUUGUCAAGUUACUGCUGGACAACGGUGCAGAUGUCAAUGCAGAAGGGGGGGAAGAUGGGAGCGCACUCCAGGCUGCCUCAUAUUCUGGGCAUGAAGUAAUUGUUAAGUUACUGCUAGACAAUGGUGCAGAUGUCAAUGCACAAGGGGAGAAAUAUGGGAAUGCCCUCCAGGCUGCCUCAGAGAAGGGGCAUAAGGCAGUUGUCAAGUUACUGCUGGACAAUGGGGCAGAGGUCAAUGCACAAGGAGGUAAAUAUGGAAAUGCACUCCAGACUGCUGUAUACAGGAAGUAUGAAGUAAUAGUACAGUUAUUGCUGGACAAUGAUGCAGAUGUCAAUGCACAAAGGGGGAAAUAUGGGAAUGCCCUCUAUGUUGCCUCAUAUUCUGGGCAUGAAGCAAUUGUCAAGAUGCUCCUGAAGAAGGGUGCAGAUGUCAAUGCACAAGGGGGGAAACUUGGAAAUGCCCUCCAGGCUGCCUCAUAUUCUGGGCAUAAAGUAAUUGUCAAGUUACUGUUGGACAAUGGUGCAGAUGUCAAUGCACAAGGUGGUGAAGAUGGAAUGCACUCCAGGCUGCCUCAGAGAAGGGGCAUGAAGCAAUUGUCAAGUUGCCUCUGGAGAAGGGUGCAGAAGUCAAUGCAGAAGGAAAGAGAUAUGGGAAUGCAAAUGGAUAUUGAGGACUUGGAAGUCCAUUCCCAGUCACAAUCUCAGCUGCAAUCAUUACCACCACCUGAAUACAUAACUUCCCAAGAGUCCAACAGUGAACUAUAUUCUGACACACCACCAAAUGGGUCAUUACAGUGGAAUCCUGCAACAACAGCAAAUACCAAUGGUAAACGGAAAAGGGGAGAGAAGGAAGGAAUAAAUGACAAUGUGGAUGUGGUUGAUAAUGAUGAUAAUCCUGUCACAAAGAGGCAGAGACAGAUCCAAGAUGUCCGACAGCCGCACUCAAACUACAACCACUUCUUCCACCGCUGGCCCUUCGCGGUCACACCUCCGCCUCCUGCCAAUCCCGUCGGUCAAGAAAGCAAGGACGAGAUUCUGAGGAGGGUGCAUGAGAAGGUCUGUAGAAUGAGGGAGAAGAAGGCAGCAGCAGCGGCCAAGACAAAGGCCGAAGAAGAAGCGGCUAGGAAGGAAACCGCAACAUGGAAGGAGGAAAGAAGAAGGUUGUUGGCCGAUGUGGCGACCACAAGAAGUCAGAGGGGGACUUCUCCUAGUGAGAUGUCAGUUUCCCCAUGGAGGCCCAUUGUGGAACUUCGGCGGGCGACUAAGAGCAAGGGAAAGGGGAAAGCCAAGACCCAGCCGGUUGGUGGAGACCCCAAUGACGGCAACGACAACAAUGACAACAACGAGGACCGAGCGCCCUGCGAGCAGUGCCGAAACACGAAACUCCCUUGCCAGAUGCAGGCUGGCAAGAGGAGUUCCAUCAUUUGUAAACCCUGCCAUGACGCCAAGGUGAGGUGUUCAUACUCGGGUCAUCCUACAACCUCGAAACAGCGGGAAGGCGGCUCCGGCGAGCGCAUCGCUGGGAUGGAGAGUCAAAUGGUGCAGAGUCUUGCUGACCUCCGGGCCCUACGGGAGGCCAACUCAAAAUCCCAUCAAUACCUGCGCCAGUUGUUGAGAAGACAGGAAGACAACCAUGCCCGCCUUAUAGCCAUGGAGAUGAGAAUGGCGAUGAUGGGUAUGGGGGAAGAACCAGCGACGGCGGGACCAUCGAAGAGGAGUACCGAGCGGCAGCAACCGCUGAAGCGACAAAGGGUCAUGGAGGAGAGUGAAGAAGAAGAGGAAGAAGAGGAAGAAGAAGAAGAAAAAGAAGUGGAGGAGAAGGGAGUAGAGAAGGAUGGAGAGGGAGAGGAGGAGGAGACGGUGCCGACGGAGGCGCGAUCGCAGAAGGGAAAGGAGAGGGCAGAGGAGUAG